CUCUCACUCCUCCUCCACCUCUCUCAUGUGUCCUCUCUCCUCGCUUGUUUUUAAUUUUCUGAAUGUUGCGGUCGCUUUGUUCGUCUUAGCAGCAGAUUUUGAGGAGAGGCUUUUCUGCCUUAUUUUAAGCCGCAUGUCUUUGCGGUAACACGCAGUAAAAACCUGUGCGUAACUGCAUCCACGCUUUCACUUACCUCUUCGGUCAACGCGGAUGUCCAGCGUCAAAGUGAGGAUAUGUACCAGGGCAUAAUGACUUCCAACCACGGACCCCCUUCCUAUGAGGCCGGAUUUCUCCACAACGCCUCGGCGGGCACCUCUCCGGUUUACGUGCCCACCACCCGGGUCGUCACCCCCAUGAUUCCGGCGCUGCCUUACCUCCAGACGCCCGGUGCGUCGCAGCAGAGCAGCCCCGUGUCGAGCCACUCUGCCUGGGCGCAGGCGGGCGCCGACUCGGUGCCCACAUACAACCACUCCCCGGUGUCUCCACGCUUCACCUUCUCCACCAGCCCGCCUCUGUCUUCCGGGGUGGCCACGGUGCGGGAGACGGCAGUUUCUUACACCAGCCCGCUGAACAUCUCUGCCAACGGGAGGGAGCACUACGGCGCCAGGGGCCUCAGCGGGUCGUACCACAGCCCCUACCCGGCCUACAUGAGCCCAAACGUGGGCGGAACGUGGCCUGCGCCCCCCUUCGACAGCCCGGUCCUCCACGGUCUCCAAACAGGAGCUCCACCAUGCGCAACACGGCACCCAAACAUAGAUUUGUUCGACGACUUCGCCGAGGGCCGGGAAUGUGUGAACUGCGGGGCGAUGUCGACCCCCCUCUGGAGGCGGGAUGGCACUGGCCACUACCUGUGUAACGCCUGCGGACUGUACCACAAGAUGAACGGCAUCAACAGACCUCUCAUCAAACCCCAGAGGCGGCUGUCGGCCUCCAGGAGGGUGGGCCUGUCCUGCACCAACUGUCACACCACCACCACCACCUUGUGGCGACGAAACGCAGAGGGGGAGCCGGUCUGCAACGCCUGUGGGCUCUACAUGAAGCUCCACGGGGUCCCUCGGCCUCUGGCUAUGAAGAAAGAGGGCAUCCAGACCCGCAAACGCAAACCCAAGAACCUCAACAAGUCCCAAACCGGGACUCCAGGCAGUGAGGGGACUCCACUUACACCCAGCAGCACUCCCCGCGCCUCCACCAACACCAGCACCACCACCACAGAGGAGCCUCGCCAGAUAAAGACAGAGCCAGAAAACCACAGCUUGUACACACACCACAGCGCGCACACGCAGAUUUCAGCCCUACCUGCUUACAUGACCGCUCAGGGAGGGGCCAUCCCCAUCAAGAUGUCCCCCGGGGGCAACAGCGGGUCCUCUGGCUCCAAACCUGAGCCCUGGAACAACCUAAUCCUGGCUUAGACGAGACCACGUCGCCCAACAUCUCAGAAAAACUACCUACUGCUCUAAAACUCUCCCGAGAGACCAAGUUUCUACAGCGGACUGCUGCUCGGACGGUUCCACCGUUUCUUUCAGAGAUCUGGGACGGAAACGUGGGAGCCACGACAGAUAAGAUGAGAUCUGGACUGCGAGUGCACCCACGGCCACCAGGGACUGAAUGACGUUCGCGUCCGAAGUAAGUCUGGAAAUAAAAGGACGAUUCCUGUCAUUCUCUGCUACGACGGCGGCGCAGAGGCGUUAACUGUAACACGGUGACAAGUAACAGUUUUUAUAUCAUACAUGGUUUCAUCAUUGUAAUCAUUUGCAUAUGAUUGUUGACAUUUUGCCAAAGAAAUGACACGUUUAGAAAAUAUAUAUGAAAAGGAGACUUCAUAUGAAGGGAAGUGUAUUUAAAAGGUCAGUUCACAUAAAAAAUUAAAUAUACGUUUAAUUUAAAGAUACAGCAGCAUCCACUUAACAACACAUAAAAAAAUAAAAGUUUUUUUUUGUGCUCUUAAAAACCUAGUUAUAUCCCUCCAUGAGAUAUUUCUUUAAUCCAGAGGAACUGGCACAUCGUUGCUAUUGAACGCUUCUGGUAUAGUUUUUUAUUAAAAUUAUUUCAGUCCCCUGAUUGUUGCAAACUAUUUGGGAUUUAACCAAUUUCGAUUUAUUUAUAAUUCAACCGUGAUCCUAUUUUUAUUGCCAGCUGGAGUCACCAUGGAUGGAAAGCGACUCUUUCAGUGUUGUUGUGUUAUUAAGGUGAGACAUCACAGGUCAGUAAGGGAAAAAUAUAACAAUUCAACACCCCCUGUUGAAUAAUUAUAUUAUUAUUACAUUAUUAUCUCAAGACAAAUAAGUUUGAGGUAUUUUCUGGUUCAAAUAUGUGCUAAUUUGCAAACAUUAACUUAACAGAAAUAUGAACAUUGGAUUUUUUAAAAUGAUUAUUUUCAUAUUUUUUUAUCACUCUACCAGUGUCACAAAACUGUCAGGAGCUGAAAUACUGAAAUAGACAUUUAUGGUAGGAGUAUAAAGUUUUUAGCCAAAUUAAGCUUAAAUUCAGGCAUAAAAAAUAGCUACUUGAGACUAAUAGAGAUCAGCUGAUGAUUUACAUUCCUGUAUAAUUCUAUGUAUUGCAACUCUUGACAUUUAAUGUUUAAAUAUCUAAACGAGGUAUUAUCCUAUGGACAAACUGCAUUAAAAUAAACACCGCCUGCAUUCUGCAUGCUCUCUUUACCAUUACUCCGAUAGAAGUCAUGUCACUGAUGUAGAAUCGCCCAAAAUCUCACAAACUGACCUGGUGUCUCUCCUUAAUUUCAUCUGCAUUUUUCCUGCUGCGACAAAGGGGGAAAAAAAAAAAAAAAGUAUUAAUUUUACAGCGAAUCUUAUUCUAAAAAUUAACCAUAAACAUUAAUAGUAAACUCUCUGCAACAAGACACACGUGACCCCUCUACACAGAAAGGUGAACACAAUCUUCUGGUUGCUGCAGCGACAGCGGCUCCCCGUUGUCUCUGGAUCCGUUUAACUGUUUGCAUUUAGAUUUCAUAUCAUGCAUGAAAACAUACGUGUCAGUAUUUCAAUCUCUUACAUUGUAUAACACAUGAUAAACUACCUACGCAGCACGAGUGUUGCGCUUGACGAAUGUGACGUGGAUGGAGUUUGGCGCCCUCUGCUGACACAAGCGCGUGCUGCUGACAUACAUCCACUAGACUUAUUUUAAAGAAAAAAAAAACAUUAAAAAAAAAUCCUUCUAGUAUUUAUUAUUAAAGCCCCGACUCCCAACAACAUUAUCAUGUAAUUUUCAUCUAUUGUGUGAGGGCUGUUUGUUAAGCUGUACAGUAUGGUAGCAAUGUAAAUGUGGAAAACCGCCACGUGUAAUUACAAAAACACCAACAACUAUACGAGCUUAUAUGUAAAAAGUCCACUCCAGUAUAAUUGUGAUGUAUUGCAGGUAAAGACUAAUAAAGACAUUCUGUCGUAAUGUGAAUAAUAUA